GGAGGCUGUAGAGGCUCUCCAGCAGCCAGAGGAGGAGGAGGAGGAGGAGGAUGAUGAUGAAGCUGAGUGUCCGUCAGCGUGGAGCUGAUCUCAGUUCAGUGCGUCUGAGCUGAAACUGGAAACUUUCUGAUGCUUUUCUCACUGCGGAGCUUCUUCUUCUUCUUCAUGCACCUGUGAGCAGACUUUCUGUCCUGCCCCCCCACCAUGAGUGACAUCUACGAGUCAGCGGCCAACUCUCUGGGGUUGUUCAGCAGUCCCUGCCUCACCAAGGUGGAGCUGAUGCUCACCUGCAAAGGGAUCUCGGACCGAGACGCUCUGUCCAAACCCGACCCCUGCGUCAUCCUUAAGAUGCAGUCCCACGGACAGUGGAUGGAGGUGGACCGGACGGAGGUGAUUCGCAGCUGCGUGAACCCCACCUACUCCAAGGUUUUCACAUUGGACUUUUAUUUUGAAGAGGUGCAGCGUCUACGCUUCGAGCUGUACGACAUCAACAACAGCAGCCACAACGGCCUGAAGGAGGCCGACUUCCUGGGCUCAGUGGAGUGCACGCUGGGACAGAUCAUCUCCCAGAGGAAACUGUCCAAAGCUCUGCUGAGACCAGGAGGCACCGUGGGGAAAGCCAUCAUCACGAUCACAGCAGAGGAGCUGACGGGGAACGACGACUACAUCGAACUCUCGUUCAGCGCCAGGAAGCUGGACGACAAGGACUUCUUCAGUAAAUCCGACCCGUUUCUGGAGAUCUACAGACUGAACGAUGACGCCACGCUGCAGCUGGUCUAUAGGACGGAGACUGUUAUGAAUAAUCUCAACCCGGUGUGGAAAACUUUCAAGGUUUCUCUCAACUCGCUCUGCAGUGGAGACCACGAACGCAAGCUGCAGUGCACCGUGUGGGACUGGGACUCGAACGGGAAACACGACUACAUCGGAGAAUUUGAGGCCACAUUCAAAGAAAUGAGAGGAGCCAUCGAUGGACGGCAGGUGCAGUGGCCGUGCAUGAAUCCCAAAUACAAAGUCAAGAAGAAGAAUUACAAGAACUCCGGGAUCGUCAUUCUGAACCAGUGCAAGGUCAUCAAGAUGCACUCCUUCCUGGAUUACAUCAUGGGAGGCUGUCAGAUCCAGUUCACUGUCGCCAUCGACUUCACGGCCUCUAACGGAGAUCCCCGGAACAGCUGCUCUCUGCACUACAUCCACCCGUACCAGCCCAACGAGUACCUGAAGGCUCUGGUGGCCGUGGGAGAGAUCUGCCAGGACUACGACAGUGACAAAAUGUUCCCGGCGUUUGGAUUCGGAGCUCAGAUCCCUCCUGACUACAAGGUCUCCCAUGACUUUGCAGUGAAUUUUAACGAGGACAACCCUGAGUGUGCAGGUAUCCAGGGCGUGGUGGAGGCUUACCAGGCCUGCCUCCCCAAGCUGCAGCUCUACGGUCCCACCAACAUCGCCCCCAUCAUCCAGAAGGUCGCCAACUCCGCCUCGCAGGAGGUCCACACCAAAGAGGCGAUGCAAUACUUCAUCCUGCUGAUCCUGACGGACGGCGUCAUCACCGACAUGGCUGACACGAGGGAGGCCAUCGUCCAGGCCUCCCACCUCCCCAUGUCCGUCAUCAUCGUUGGGAUCGGGAAUGCCGACUUCAGCGACAUGCAGAUGCUGGACGGCGAUGACGGGAUCCUGCGGUCACCCAAAGGGGAGCCCGUCCUCCGGGACAUCGUCCAGUUCGUCCCCUUCCGCAACUUCAAACACGCGUCUCCAGCUGCUCUGGCUAAGAGCGUGUUAGCCGAGGUGCCCAACCAGGUGGUUGACUACUACAACAGCAAGGGCAUUAAGCCCAAAGUGCCCAGCGAGUACCAGUCUUCCAGGCAGUUCGGCCCCUGAGCAACGCCGCCACAGCUCCCCCUGGACAGCACAACCUCUACUGGACUGAGAAACAUGUUUACUGUCUUUUGUUCUUUGUUGAUGCGGAUGUUAAAGGUGCUACAUGCAGCAUUUCACCAUGAAGAAUCGGCUCAUUUCAGAUUCGACUCACACAGCCAACAAAAAACCUCUUCACUGCAUUUUACAGGUUGGACUUACAGGAACAUUAACUGGAUUCUUUAUGGCACCCAACAGGUAGAGGGCGUUUCAUUUCCUGUCAUCAUCUUUUAAAAAAGGGCAGAGUAGUGGGUGAAGGUGCUGGUUGCAGAAGUGCUUAUUAAGUUCUGAAAGGCGAAACAUGGGCCACAAUAGAUACCUUUGUAUCAUAUGAUGCAUGUUGCAGACACUGGAUAUGCAAUAACAGACAGAACAAGGAGUCAAAGCACAGUAGCUGAGAUGGGCCAAUCCAAAGAGCAAUGUAAUAUAAUGGCUGCUUUCCAGGAGCAGACACACAGCGUAUCCGGAUGCAAUGCAGUUCAUCAACCUAGAGUGAUGAGUCUUGAUGCUGCCAGUAUGUGGGCAAUGUGUUCACCCUUUAGUGCUCCCUAACAGCAGCACAGCAGUCGCUGUCAUAAGUGCAUCACACUAGACAAUUUGUUCAUCACAUUGUUUUUCAGACCAGAGUAUGGGGGAUAAUCUUAAUGGACAUAACGAGUUUCUACCUUCAUGUAACGUGGAAGUAACUUAAUUAGAUUUAAUUUCUAACUUGUACAUAUCCAUCACGUUCUUAUUCCCACUAUAAAACCAGGGUUUACACUUGUUAUUAGUAGCCAUUAAUAGCUUGUUUUGUAGUGUUAGCUAUGUAGCAUUACUUUGAUAUACUUAAGAAUGAUAGAUAACAACAACAAUAGUUGGUGUUUACAUAAAAGCAGGGUAACAUCAGCAUUUAUUAUUAUUUAUUAUUAUUAAAAUUGAAUUGAAUUAUUGGCCGCAACAUUUCAGACCAAAAUCAACUCAUCAUUUUCACUGAUUAAAGCGGCAAAGUAAAGACACACGUGUUGACAGGGAACAGCUGAACAGAGGAUAUCAUAUAUCAUAUUAGCUGUGUCGCACCAUCCAUUUUUAUAUAAUCAUCCUUCGCCAAAGUAUAAACUGACAUAUAAUAUAUGGCACAAUCUCUUGGAUGAACUGUAAUAACUUUUUGGCUAAUUGGCGACCAAGCCAGCUAUUGUGCUAACCAGUGGUUAGCUCGCAAGUCAACUAGCCUGCUGAGCUAUUUUGUCAGCUAACGUCAGCAGUAAGCUCACCAGCCACAGUAGCUCGCCAACUCUCCCUGCAAGUAGUCACAACAUCAACAAGGUUCAGGCAACAUUUCACGGGAAACGCAAAUGAAUGUUGUGGUGCCACUAACACCCACAGCCACCAUUUACAUAGAUGCAUCAUAGCAAGGAUUGUGGGUAAUAAGUUAAAGUAGCUGGUUCCAUGUAUAAAAAUGCUAAAUGUAGCACCUUUGGCGUCCGUCGUGCAUGCAAGGCCUACAGGGGCUGAGCUGACUGUAACGUUCAGACGGGUUGUUACUGGAUAAGAAAAGCACAUAAACACACAACACUGACCUAUCCAAACGCUGCUUCCCUGCAGACAGCAUGACAGGUGGGGAAACAGUCGAUGAAGGAAUGUAUGAACCCACUUCCUCCCCCCUCCUGGUUUGUUUUUAUAAGAGUUUACCGAGAUUUUGCUAAAUUUCGUAAGGUUCGUAUGUUGUAAAGCAUUUUGGAUGUCUGCCAGAUGAACAAGCAAGCUGCCUUCACAGACAUCUGCAUCCUCUACUGUUUUUUUCUAAAGGCGAGGCAGAUGCAUGAACUGUUUUGCAUGCAAAUCUCCAUGCAGGACUCCUCGGUCCUUGUGGUUUCUGUUUCCUGGUAGUGAAUAAUAUGAGUAAUAAUGAUGUUUACAAUGUGCCCGAUAAUGGGGCUGUUCUACUCUCAAGCAUGUUCACAUGUAAAUGAAAAUGUGUGAGUAGGUAUAAAGCACAACUUGAGUAUCUAUGGAGAGUUUACUAGAUUAUGGUGAUAGAUUUUGGUCUUUGUGCCACAACACCUGCCCAUCUCUCUUUCUGUCUUUGUUCCAAUCUCAACAGUAAAAGAAAACCCAUUGAAACAAAAGAAAGUGAAUUCAUUCUCCAAUCACAUCUGGCAUUUAAGGGAUAGCUUUGGAAAACUUUUAAGUGUUAACUUCUCAGAAUCAAUUAUCCAUCCAUCCAUUUUCCACCACCUAUGACGAUCUGGGUUGCUGUGGCAACAGACAAAGUAAGGUAGUCCAGACAUUGUUAUUCCUAGGUGUCUGUGAAGAUUUUCAGUCAACCUGGUCAUGGUAUAUCUAGAAGGACCAAUUCAAAGACAACCAGUACAAAAGUAAACUAAUUCCUUCCAGUUCUGUUUGAUUUGAGCAUUCCAGAUAUUCUUUUCCUUAGCCAUGUCCUCCAGAUAUUCCUGGGGAAUCCCUUGGUGUUACCAUGCUGGAUGGGAUUAGUGCUUCCUCAAACAAGUUCUGGGUCUGCCCCUGGGUCUCAUGCAGGAAAAGGUUUGCUCAAGUCAGAAGCAUCAGACUAUUCCCAACAAUCUAUCCAUCUAUCAAUAUUCCACCACUUAUGCCAAUCUGGAUUGCUGUGGCCAUAGGCAAAGCAGGGUAGACCAGACGUCAAUAUUCCUAGGUGUCUAGAUUCUCAGUGAUCAAGGUUAUGGUAUAUCUGUAAGUAAUACGAAUCUGAUGGAAGUCCAGUUGCCUUUGACUUGACUUUUCUAGAUAUACUUUUCUUUACCUAUCCUUCAGUUCUUUCUGGGGAAUCCAGAGUUUUUCCCAGGCUAGAUGGAAUUAGUGAUUACCUAAACAAGUUCUGGGCAAAAGAAACUCCACAGGGAGGUGUCCAGGAAGCAUCAGAUGCCCAAACCACCUAAACUGGCACCUAUCCUCUCCAAGAUGUCAAAGCUUAUCCUGUCUUUUUCCUGUCAAUAUAAACUAGCUCAUGUGUUGAGAUGAAACUUCAUGAUCCAUUCAUCCAUUUUCUGCCACUAUACGGGUCCUGGUCUCAAUGGCACCAGGGUAAGUGAGGUAGUCCAGAGGUCUUCCCCUGUUACAUCCUCUUCCUGGAGGACCCACAUGUAUUCCAAGGUCAGAUGGGACUAUUAGUAAUACCUCAAACAACUUCUGGGUCUUCCCAGUUGGACGUGGCCAGAUAAGAUCCACAGGGAGGCAUACAUCUGAUCAGAUGCUGGAACCACCUCAACUGGCUAUUUUCAUCACCAAUCCGAAGGUCCUUUUGGAUGUCUGAGCUCUUCAUCCUGCCUCUGAGCCCAGACACUGAACAACACUUAUUCUAGCUGCUUGUAUCUGUUGUAUCUUUCAGUUAUUACCCAAAACUCAUGACCACAGCUGAGGGUUGGAAUGUGUAGAUCAGCUCACUCUUCGCUAUAACAGGUCGGAUCAACAUCCACAUUAGAGAUGAUGCUGCACCAAUCUUCCAGUCAACCUUGUAGUUCAUCCAUCCAUCCAUUUUUUCCCACUUACAUAGAUCAGGGUCGUGGUAGCACCAGGUUAUGCAAAGUAGUCCUCCCCAACCACAUUUAACUUUACUAUACUUGAACUCCUUCACUUGGGGCAGUGGCUUGCUCCCAACCUAAGGGACCAAACCAGCCAGCUUCAUGAUACUAGCCCAAACAUGGCUUGAUCCAAGCUGUGGUGCACCAGGAAGGAAAAUGAGUGUUGGGUACAGCUGUCGUCUCAUGACACCUUCAUGAAGUCCUACCAGUCCUUUUUGCUUCAUGUAUGAAUUACUCUAAAAUUCCUGACUCUACCCAAUAAAGUUGUCACUUCAUGGGGUCGUCAAACGUAUCGCUACACAAGAAUAUUGACACUAUUGAAUCUGUUGCAAUGCUGCAACCUUUGGUGUAUGUUCAAUGGUAACAUUCUUUUCUUAAGUUUUUGCUUUUUUUGCUACGGUAUCUGCACCUGGCAACUAUGGUAUGGUUACGUUGGGGACAAUGUAAGAGAAAGUUGUUGUAAUUGCAGCAUAUUAACUACAGUUAGGGUAUGGUUGGGGGUUGGCAUCUUGGCACUUGGUUAAGGUUAGGGAAACAUCAAACGCCACACUUUUAUUAUUUAUUUAUUAUUAUUGCCUUUUCUACAUAAAGGACACACUACCUCUGACAUAGUGUUCUCAGUGGCUAACCGAUGCUUAUUGCGCAUGCAGUAUCAAGAGACAAAUAAGUACUUUGUCGAUAUUUCAAGUUAAUUUCCCCUAUUUUCCUAUAACCACUCCUUAAAACAAAGUGAAAUUCUCACCCAUAAAAAUGACAUUUCAUGAAUCUUAAUGAUACAUUUUUACAUACAUUGAAUAUUUCAUACAACCUUUCCAUAUCAUUACCGAGUACACAGGCAGUUUGAGCUCAGUCAUUACAGGAGAUGCACCAACCACUAUGUGAUUGUGUUCGUUCUGUUGAACAAAGACAGAAGGUGAAGAUGGAGGACGGGUGUUGGGAUACACAACUUAUCAUUGUGUUAACAUGCAGUAUUGUGUGCAAAACAAUGACAAACUGACUUAUGAUAAUAAAAGUUUUAUCAGUAA